AUGCCUCGGUCAACGAAGGUCCCACAACCCCCAUGUCUCUGCCGCCGGUUUCACGUCAACUGCUCGCCACAGACGUGCCCGCAGGCCCAACAUGCGAGCACAGGCGACUGGAACCACUACACCAUCCGGGCGUUCCGCGAGAGCGCGGCGGGCACCGCACAAGCGCCGCCGUGCGAGACCUGCGCGGCCGUCGUCUGGGCGCUGACCGAGGUCGACGAGAUCAAGCAGAUCCUGCGGGGCUCGGUCGAGGAUCUGGAGAACAGGGGCGGUGAGGGGAUGUGCGAGGGCGCAGCAGAGGACUACGAGAUGAUGCUCAUUGAGCUCGAAGCACCCAUCUAUGCGCUGGCAUCCCCGCCCGUUCCCUCCGAUGAGGUUCGAGUCGUCCAGACAGAUGGCGAGCUGGUGCGGUACACGACGCUGAGCCACCGCUGGGGCAACAACGAGGAGUUCACCCUGGUGAAAAAGAACAUGGCUGCUUGGUCGGCCAACGACAUCCCCUGGGACACCAUCCCGCGGACGUAUGGUGACGCCAUCGAGGUUACCCGCAAGCUCGGGGUUGACUACAUCUGGAUCGACACCAUGUGUAUCGUGCAGGAUGACGCCGAUGACUGGCGCUAUGAGUCGACCCGGAUGAAGGCGGUCUACGGCGGGUCGUACCUCAACAUUGCCGCCGAGUGCGCGGCUGGCUCUCACGGGGGACUGUUUGUGAGUAGCGGUCUUGUGGAGGAAUUCAAGACGUACGAGGUCCCAGAAGGAGAGAAGGGAUCGUCAACGAAGGGGAAUCUGCGCAUCAGGCAGCAGCCGCACUUCACACACAAUCCCUUUGGCAGCAACUACCGUGACAGCUCUCUGCUGCUUGGGCGCGGCUGGGUCCUGCAGGAGCGUCUGCUCGCGCCUCGAGUUGUGUACUACGACCAGCACGAGCUCAAGUGGGAGUGCUAUGGCGGCACCGACUGUCUGUGCGGAGGGAUGCUAGCCAUCUCCAACUUCAGUCUCGAGCACCGCGAGUCGCUGGGAUUCAGCGAGAAGAAACUCCCGAUUCAGUGGAUGCGCAUCGUCGAGCGAUACUCCACGUGCCUCCUGACCUUUGACUCGGACCGAAUGAUUGCGCUCGCGGGCAUCGCGGAGCAGGCGUAUAAGACCGGCCGCGGUGGGAAAUACCUCGCCGGCCUUUGGGAGCAGGACCUCGCGCACCAGCUGUGCUGGCAGGUCCAGGACACGCACCGCAAGCCCACAUCCAUGUACAUCGCGCCCAGUUGGUCCUGGCUGUCGGUGGUCGGAUGUAUCUGGUUCUCGAACAGGAUGGACUACCACUGCGGGGCAUCGGAGAUCGACGUAAGAAUCACGCAGGUGGAGGUCACUCUCGCGGAUGAGACGUGCGAGACGGGGCCUGUCACGGGCGGGUUUCUGAAAGUUGACGGCAAGGUCGUCGAGUUCGACACCAGUAUAGGGUAUCCGGGAUCGAGCUCGGUUCCGCAGAGGUUCUGGCUCACGCAUAGAGAGACCGGGACGACGCUGCACUAUGGCAUGGAAGCAGACUACAUCAUGGCCGAGGCUAGCGCGAAGAACCUGGAAACCCUGUUGUUAUUGUACUGGGGUAAGAUCUGGGAGAACCGGAAGACUUUCCUCGUGCUUCGGCAUGCCGAGAACGCGAAGGAGCACGCAGGAAAGUACGAGAAGCUGGGCACCUACUGGUAUAUCGACGGAGAGGAGCACGACCAUGAGUUCGAUCAGCUCAUGGGGUGGUCACAGCACAAGGAAGGGCUCGUUAUUAUCUAA